AUGUCGUCAUCAGCAGCAAUAAUAUCCAUGCAAUCAUCAACUAAUAAUAAUAAUUCUCACCAUGCACCAAAUAGUACACGUUCACGUGUGGCGUCGUCUGAUUCUUGGUCAACAUUAAAAAGUUUACCAACAAUAUUAAUGACACGUACUUCAUUUAAAGUCAAUGAAGAUCAUUUACUUAAUUUAGCUAUAAAAGCACGAUUAGAAAAUCGUGAAUGUGGUUAUUUAUCAAGACGUGGUGGACAAGAUCCAUCUUCAUCACCGAAUAAAUGGCAAUCAAAAUGGUUUGUUUUAUAUCAAAAUUUACUUUUUUAUUAUGACAAUGUUAAUUCACCUAAACCACAAGGUGUUUAUUUUCUUGAAAGUUGUUAUUCAUCAAGAUCACCAGCAAAAAAUAGUAAAGAUGGAGAAAAAUUAAAUUGUUUUUCCAUAUCAUAUACACGUGAUGGUCGAAAUGCAAUUGAAUUUGCUGCUGAAUCAGAAACUGAUUGUCAAGUAUGGAUUGAAUGUAUUCAAACAUGCAGUUAUAAUCGUCUUUUAUCACUAAAAGAAGAACUUGAACAAAAAUAUCUUCAUUUAUCACAAGUCUAUGAAAGUGAAGCAAAAACAAAAUAUCAAUAUUUACAGCAAGUUGAAGAAUUAUCAACUGAAGUUCGAGAAUUACGUCGUGAAUUAUCUCUUUAUCGACGUCAACAUCAUCUUUUACGUACAAAAAGUACGGCUGAAGAAGAUACAGAAGAAAUACGUAAAAUAAAAAAAGUUCAAAGUCUUUGUCGUGGUUGGUUAUAUCGACAAAGAUGGAAACGAAUUGUUGAAGAAUAUAUACGUUCUCCACAUGCUGAAAUGAUGCGUAAACGUAAUAAUAUAAUAUUUAAUUUGGUCGAAAGUGAACGUGAAUAUGUACAUCAAUUAGAAAUUCUUGUUGCAAAUUAUGUUCGACCAUUUCGAAUGGCUGCAAGCUCAAAAAAACCACCAGUGACACAUGAAGAUAUAAAUUCUAUAUUUUUAAAUAGUGAAAUAAUUCUUUUUCUCCAUCAAAUUUUCUAUAAAGGUUUAUCAAAAAAGUUAGAAAAUUGGCCAACAUUUUAUACCGGUGAUUUAUUUGAUAUGUUUAUAUCAAUGUUACAUAUAUAUUUAGAAUAUGUUCGCAAUCAUCAUUAUAGUUUACAGAAUUUAAUUGAAUGUAAAUUAAGUAAUUCAGAAUUUAGUAAAUUUCUUGAACGUUGUCAAGUGAAAGCAGCGUGUGAAGGAAUGUCACUUGAAACACUUUUAGUCUUACCUAUGAAUCGAAUUCCUUAUUAUAUAAUAACACUUGCUAAUUGUUUAUCACAUACACCACAUGCACAUGUUGAACGAGAGAAACUUGAGCAAGCAAAAGAUAAACUUGAAGAACUUUCAAAAAUUAUGCACGAUGAAGUAUCGGAAACAGAACAUAUAAGAACUAAUUUAGCUAUUGAACGAUCGAUUGCUGAAGGAUGUGAUGUAUUAUUAGAUGUUAAUCAAGUACUUUGUCGGCAAGAUGGUCUCGUUUUAUGGACUGGUGAAAAAAACAAGCCAAAUCAUGGUCAACGAUUAUCUGCACGAGAAAUUCGUCGAAAUGAAACAGUUGUUCAAUGUUAUCUUUUUUCCAAUCAUCUUGUUACAACAACUCGAGGUUCAAAUGGCAAACUACAUCUUGUUAAGGGUUGUGGAGUUAUUCCUUUAGCUGAUGUAACACUUGUUGAAGAUAUAAGUACUGAUCCUCAAUAUUUACUUGCAUCAGUAACCGAAGAAGAUAGUGUUGAUGAUACAAAUUCUCAUAUGACAGAUAAUAAAAAUACUGAAUUAGAUAUUUAUAUAAAUCGUUUAUUUCGUUUAAUUGUUGAACCACGUGAUCAAACACCUUUUUCAGCAACAUUUGUUGCUAAUGAUGAAAAUCAUAAAUCUGAAUGGUGUACUGAUAUAGCACAAUGUUUACAAAAUCUUCGUUAUACAGAAUUAGUUACAAGAACAUUUCGUAAUGAAUCAUCUGUUAUUGCACCUGAAUCUGUCAAAUCUGAUGUAAAAUUAUAUAAAGAUGAUUCAAAAAUGAAAUUUUCUAAAACACUUGAUUCAUGCAAAAUACCACAAAUUCGUCAUGCAACACUUGAACGUUUAUUUGAACGUUUAACGGAUUUACGUUUUUUAUCAAUUGAUUUUUUAAAUACAUUCUUAUUGACAUAUAGACUUUAUACAGAUGCUCAUACAGUUAUGGAAAUAUUAAUAAGAAUUUAUAAAUCAUCACCACAUACAUCACUUGAUCACGCGAAUGAAACAGAUACACAAAAAACAGAUGAACAUCACAAAGAAAAACCAAUAAAAAUUAGUGAAAUCGAUAAUGAAUUAACAAGAAGAAUAUCAACAGUUGAAACAUCAGUUACAACAACUACGGAACAAGAACGUGAUUUACGAAGACAUUCACAUAUUGGAUCAUUUCAACGAGGAAUAAGUAUUGAUCAAAAUGAAAUAGUUACUACAACAGUCGUUACAAAAACAACUGAAAAAAAAAUUUCCAUAAAAUCCAGUGAAGCAACUGUUGCCUUACCAACACUCGCAACAAUUCCAUCUAUGGAUAUUGAUGAAUCAAUUGAGACACCUCAUCGUCCAUUAGCACCACUUGCAUCAUCAGAAACAUUUACCGAUGUUAAUUCAUUAAGUCAUGAUGAUCAUAAACUUCAAGGAAAUACGAAAAUUUCAUCAACAAAAAAUAAAAAAGAACAUCUUAGUCCGCAAACCAGUUCGAAAACAACCAAAAGUGAAUUUGAUUCAUUAGAAAUUCUUUUUGAUUUUCCAUCAUCGGGAAUAUCUAGUAAUACUCAUUUGAAUGUUGAACAACCACCUCAUAAUAUGAGUCAUCUAUGUUUUAAUGAUAAUCAUCAAAUCUUAACUACAGAUAAAGAAGAACAAAAAAAAUUACUACUCGAAAAAAGUGAUAGUCCAACAACACUACAACGAGCAAGACUUGAGUCAAAUAGUGCGACAGGGAUUGCACAAGCAAAUCAAACAACAUCACAAAAUGUUCUUAUGCUUUCUAAACGUUUAAGUGAAGUACUUUCGUCACCACGUCAGAGUUUACGUAAUGCAGCUGAAGGUACAUUUAAAAAAGUUUUACCUGGUGUUGUUGUAACAUCAUCACGAUCAUCUCGUCGUCGAACAAGUUCAGCUGCUGCUACACAAGCAUUUGCAGCUGCUGUAGCAGGUGAAUCACCUAAAUUUGCUCGAAAUGAAAGAUUACCUAGUACUCCAGGUAGUAGUUCAGCAUCACCACAACCAACAGCAAGUAACAAUCCUCUUGCAUCAUGUUCUUCAAGAGAACAAAAAACAAAUGAAUAUACAAUUGUGAAUACAGCUUCAACUAUGAGAGUUUUAAAUGUUUUAAGACAUUGGCUUACCAAACAUCCUCUAGAUUUUCAUCGAGAUCCAAAAUUAAAAGAAAUGGUACUUGAACUUUUACAAGAUAUGUUAGUAAAUGGUCAUUUAAUUGCAACGGAACAUAAAGCAGCUGUUACAAUAAUAAAACAAUUAGAAACCAAUGAAGUUGAAGAAAAAAAUACAGAAUUACAAUUAAUUCUUCAUCCACCACCAGCUUCUGAUGUAACACUUGAUCAAAUAGCUGUUUCUGACGUCGCUGAACAAAUGACAUUAAUAGAUCAUAAAUUAUUUUGUGCAUUAUAUAGCGAAGAAUUAAUUUUACAAGGUUGGAUGAAACCAGGUCGUGAUGAUUUAGCACCAAAUGUUGCAGGUAUAUCUCGACGAUUUAAUGAAAUGUGUCGCCUUGUUAUAACUGAAAUCUUAUCGCAAACAACUAUCAAUGGUCGAGUUCAAUGUAUUGAAAAAUGGGGUACUAUUGCUGAUAUAUGUCGUUAUUUAAGAAAUUUUAAUGGUGUUCUUCAAAUAAUGGCUGCUUUUGUUAAUAGUUCAGUUUAUCGUUUAAAACAAACAUGGGAUCGUAUAUCAAAACAAAAUAAACAAGUUAUUAAUAAACUACAAAGUCUUGUGCAUUCCGAUGGUAAAUUUAAAAAUUUACGUGAUACAUUAACAAAAGUUGAUCCACCAUGUGUACCUUAUCUUGGGUUAUAUCUCUCUGAUUUAACAUUUAUCGAAGAAAGUUCACAAGAUGUAUCAGAAACAGAUUUAAUUAAUUUUUCAAAAAUGCGAAUGAAAACACAUAUAAUCAGUGAAGUACGUCGUUUUCAAUCAGCAACAUUCAAAAUCAAACAUAAUCCACGUAUAUGUGCCUAUUUAUUGAAUACAUCUCGUUUAUUAUCUGAAGAUCAAUGUUAUGUUCUUUCAUUAAAAUUAGAACCUCGUGCAACUCGUGCUGGUGUAACAAAUCCGAGUGUAUAA